AUGGCAUCAGAUCUAACAAUAUGGAGAUGGCUUCUUUUUUGUGAUGGCAGUAAUGAUUGUGAAAGAGCAUGUGGUGGACUUGGAGAGUCAGAACCAAAGUUAGGCAGAAUCAAUUUGAGUCUUCAAACUCGUGAUAUGGCAAUAGCUGCAUAUCAUGAACACUGUACCUCUGGAAUGGAAAUUGCAUUAAAAGUCUUAUUCCCAUACAAUAAUGCAGAUGAGAUCAAUCUUCGAUAUGUGCAUAAAUCAGGCAAAGAUUUUCCAUGGACUAUUUUGGAUCAAUUGCUUACUUUGGAAUUGAAAAUACAAGGAAAAGUUCUUUAUUACCAAUGCCAUGAUUAUGGACAAUUCUGUUUUGAAAUUGAUGGUAAAUAUGAUUUAAAUAAUGAAGGUGCACCAGUAUUGUCUAUAGUUAUCAAGGAUCAGGCUGGAUAUGAUUCUCCACUGGCUUUUAGUUUUAGUAAUAAAGAAAACUAUUAUACAAUAUGGUUAGCAGUACAGGCAGUAAAGGCUAAUAUUCCAUGCAAUAAUCCUCAUUAUAAGCAUCAGCUGACCAAACUUGCAUUACAAAAUCUUGUUCAUGGCCAGAAUAAAUCUGAUAAUAAGGCAGCUGAAAUGGGAAAUGAAUAUAAGAAGUUUAUAUACUUUUUACCACUUGAUGACAAUGUCAAAAAUCUUUUGAUUCGUGAUUUGGAAAUGAAUUGGAUUUGCGAUAAAUGGAGGCAAGGUUUUAUUGAUGGAGGGCGAGAACUACAAAUCAGAACUCAGACAGUUUUAUCAUUCAUUGAGUGUUUAUAUGAUGUCAAAUUUAUUAAAAAGUCAUUGGUUCAAAGUGAGCUAGGUGAAACUUUAUCUAAUGCAGAUCUGGCAACUUAUUGGAAUAUGCGUAUGAUCGAACACAAACAAAUGCCAUUCAAAAAGCCGAUCGAUCAAAAACAUCAUAUAAAUCAAGGUCACCUUUAUGCACUACUCGAUUUCAUUAUUCCAAUACCCGAACAAACAAAUUAUAUGUUUGUUAAAAAGCAGAGCACAAUAUUUUGCUCAUCUUAUAAUAAUCAUUACAUUAAUAUUUCAACAGAGGUGUCAGAACAAAUUAAUAAAAUGAUUAUUAAAUUAAUCAAUUGUGAUAAUAUUAACAUACCAGCAUCUCAUUAUCUCAUUAAUAUAUCAACUAAUGAGUGCACAUGUUAUGAUUAUGUCUGGAAUAGAUCAUUUAGAGAUGCUUUAAAGCAUUUCAAAAAUAAGAAGAAAGCAAUUGCAUCAGAGAAUAAAAAUUAUCUUAUUUACAAUGGGUCCAGUAAACAAGCCUAUCAAGAGAUUUUACAACUCUUUAAUGCUGUAGGUGAUGAUAUUUUUUUUUUAAAUGAAUGUCAAACAACUAUGAAAGAUCCUUUUCAUUCAAUUAACAAUAUUUCAAUUCUUACAAUGGUCAGAGCAUCAAAAAUACAUAAAGCAAAAUAUCGCAAACCUAGCCAAUUUUCAAAUCUUGUUAAAAAAUCUUUAAAUAACAAGUUACCAAAGAAUCAUUUAAAUAACCUCGACCAAGAUUACACUUGCGAUACUGAAAAUAUUAAUGCUUAUGAUGAUGAAUAUGAUGACUCUUUUGCUGAAUUUGUAAAAUAUGCUUAG